AUGCUCCUGCUCUGCCCCGGUCCACUGAGAGCACAGCUGGGGACUACCCCCAACAUUAAACACAUUGUGGUUGGAAGGUGCUACAAUUACAUCACACUAGUUAACCCCAGCUUGAGUUUGGACUGUGAGGACAUCUGGAGACAGUUUGAGGAGGCGGUUGUCCACCAGUCCUCCUGUAAUGUGAUGGUGGAUUACCAUCACAUGUUUUAUGCAAUGCCGCAAACGUGGCCUUGUGAUAGGUUCCUCUUCUGGAGUAAAACCAGGACGCUGAUGCAGAGCUACGCAGCUGUUGUACGUCACUUCUGGACCCUGGAAGACACGCUGGUCGGCUACAUGUUCAACAAACUCAUCUGGUGUGGACAAGAUGAAGACUCUGGUUUUGAUUUCAGCUCUUGUCCGGAGUGGUCGGCAUGUAGAAAUCAUCCGGUGUAUUCCCUUUGGGAGCAAGCCUCGCAAAAUUUUGCAGAAAUGGCGUGUGGCAACAUCACCGUGUUACUGAAUGGCUCUAUUGUCAACGCCUUCAAUAGGAAAAGCUUUUUUGGAAGUGUUGAACUGGACAGCCUGAACCCGUGCAAGCUGGAUUAUGUCAACAUAAAGGUGGUGACCAAUCUAGAGGGACCUUUUAUAGAAUCAUGUAGUAAAGGAUCCAUUGUAGACCUGAUCCAGAUCCUCCAGUCCAGAGGUUUCCGCUGGACUUGCACAGACAACGACGAGACCCUGAUGAUGCUUCAGUGCAUCCAGAACCCCAAACAGUCCGCAUGCCAAACAUGUGCAAACAUACGGAAAAAGCCUCAUGUUUAACUGAGCCACCGACAGAUCCAGCAUGUAUUCUGAUUUAUUAUAUGAAAGUGGAUGAAAUUAAACUGGCUGCUCUGAA